GAUGAAGCACAUUUUACUCUGCAUGACGGGGUUAUUCUUGCUCAGUACACUCAUCUAUGGAAAUGCUGAAGUGUCAAACAAAGCUGUUGUGACUCUGCAUCCAAACUGGACUGAGAUAUACAGAGGAGAGACGAUCACUGUCAGAUGUGAGAUCCAUGGAGGAGACACUGAGUGGGAUUAUGAAUGGGAAAGAAAUGGCAACCUAACAAAUAAAAAUCAAAAUGAAUACAGGAUUAGACCUGCUACAACAAUCAACAGUGGAAACUACCGCUGUAAGGGCCGAAUGAAAAGUUCACAGCUUAAAACAACAGAGUGGAGUGAUUCAGUCACACUGACAUUAAGUUAUAAACCAAAGGCUGAACUGAGAGCUGAUAACACAGCUGUUCCAGUAGGGGGCAGUGUGACCCUGACCUGCUCUGUGAACCCAUCAUCAUCAUCAUCUGGAUGGAAAUACUACUGGUACAGAGAUGAGAAACACUCUGAACCUCUGACCACACAAGAUGCAGUUUUCCUCUCAAAUGGACAAAUCAGAGUCUCACAGGAAGGACUCUACAGGUGCAGAGGAGGAAGAGGAGACCCAGUUUACUACACAGAGGACAGUCAGUCAGUCUGGAUUAACAAGACUGUUUUGUCUGCUGUGAAACUGCAUCCCAGCUGGUCUCAGAUAUUCACUGGUGAGAAAAUCAGCCUCAGAUGUGAGAUUGAGGGAGGUGAAGGAAAGGUGUGGAAAUAUGAAUGGAGAGCACCCAACACAAUCAGCCCUCCAACAUCCAGUGAAUACAGGAUCAGCAGAGUUUCAGGGUCCCACAGAGGAGCCUACAGCUGUCGGGGUAGCAGUGACUAUCUCUUUACAGGAUGGAGUGAUGCCUUCACUCUGACAGUUUCAGCAGGUAAACCCAGAGCCACACUGACAGCACAAAGGUCAAAGGUCAUACCAGCAGGGGGCAGCGUGACACUGAGCUGCUUUGUGGAGGGCUCUGCUGGCUGGAAGUUUGACUGGUUCAGACGUGAUUCAGUCUCUUCUGAAGCUCAGCUCAUGAGAGGAAAUGAAGCAAAGAGAGAUAUUAGAGGAGGAGGUCUGUACCACUGCAGAGGAGGGAGAGGAGAUCCAGCUUUCUUCUCUGAGGACAGCAAUGAAGUCACUGUGGAGGAAACUGGUCCCAUUAAGCCCACUGUGACCCUGCAGCCAUCCUGGACUCAGAUAUUCAGCGGUGAGACAGUCACUGUCAGAUGUGAGAUUCAGGGAGGUGGAGGAACUCAGUGGACGUAUGAAUGGAGUCCAGCCAAGUUAAACACACCUCCAACAUCCAAUGAAUACAGAAUCAGCAGAGCUGCUGAGUCUGACAGUGGAGGAUACAGAUGCAGGGGCAGAAGGGACUAUUUGUUAACAGGGUGGAGUGAUACCAUCACACUGACUGUAUCAUAUAAACCAAAGGCUGAACUGAGAGCUGAUAACACAGCUGUUCCAGUAGGAGGCAGAGUGACCCUGACCUGCUCUGUGAACCCAUCAUCAUCAUCAUCAUCAUCAUCAUCAUCAUCAUCUUCAUCAUCUGGAUGGAAAUACUACUGGUACAGAGAUGAGAAACACUCUGAACCUCUGACCACACAAGAUGCAGUUUUCCUCUCAAAUGGACAAAUCAGAGUCUCACAGGAAGGACUCUACAGGUGCAGAGGAGGAAGAGGAGACCCAGUUUACUACACAGAGGACAGUCAGUCAGUCAGGAUUGGGAACACUGAUGAACCCCGUCCUGUCCUCACUGUGUCUCCAUCAUGGCUGAGUCCUGGAGCCUCAGUAACUCUGAACUGUGAGGUUGAACAUCCGUCUGCAGGAUGGAGCUUCUACUGG